GUGCAUAGAUUGUUGUUGUUGUUGUUGUUUCUUUUCUUUCCAAUUUGAAGUCGCGUCAACGGAAGGGGCGCUGAAACGAAACGGACACAGCUAAUUGAAUCUUUAGCGGAUGUGAUACCAUAGAGGGUGGAUUGAAAAACACAUGAAUUAUCAGCCAGUUAACCACCAGUCUGAUCAACACACAAAGAUAAAUCCUAUGGAAAUAUUUACAAAGAUGCUCUAAUAACAGGUGCUUCUCUAUUUAGUAAUUUUCGUAAAUGCGUCAAAUAUUGUAAUUGCUCUCUAAAUUUAAGUAUAUUAUAAUUUAAACACUCGUGCUUCCCCACUAUAUAUAUAUAUUAUAUAUUUAAAUAUUAACAAGCUACCAAGACAAUGUCUGUUAGUGCUAGUGCUGAAAAUUUAACCACAGAUUCUCUGACAAGAGGGGGUGAUGCCAAUAUGUGUUUAGAAUUAGCUCUAGAAGGCGAGCGUCUCUGCAAAAGUGGAGAUUGUAGAGCUGGUGUAGCAUUUUUCCAAGCAGCCAUUCAAGCUGGUACAGACGACCUUAGAACGCUUAGUGCCAUAUACAGUCAGCUGGGCAAUGCAUAUUUUUAUCUUGGUGAUUAUGUAAUGGCUAUGCAGUAUCAUAAGCAUGACUUGACUUUGGCAAGGUCUAUGGGUGACAAGCUUGGAGAGGCCAAAUCCAGUGGCAAUUUGGGUAACACUUUAAAAGUCAUGGGAAAGUUUGACGAAGCCAUGAUAUGCUGUAAACGACAUUUAGAGAUAUCUAGAGAAAUCGGGGACAAACUGAGCGAGGGCAGGGCUUUGUAUAACCUGGGUAACGUGUAUCAUGCCAAAGGCAAGCAAAAUGGCAGGAUUGGACAUCAAGGUUCUGGUGAGUACUCAGAGGAGGUCAAAGAAUGUCUGCUGCAAGCGGUCAACUAUUACCUAGAAAAUUUAGAGCUCAUGAAAGAACUUGGAGAUUCGGCGGCUCAGGGCAGAGCGUGUGGCAAUCUGGGUAACACGUACUAUCUGUUGGGCGACUUUCAAAAGGCCAUCCAGUACCAUAACGAGCGAUUAAAAAUCGCUCGGGAGUUUAGCGAAAAGGCUGCGGAACGCCGUGCUAACAGCAACCUCGGCAAUUCCCACAUAUUUUUGGGUGAAUUUGAGAAGGCAGCUCAGCACUACCGUCGCACUCUAGUGCUCGCGCAAGAACUUGGCGACCAGGCGUUCGAGGCACAGGCCUGUUACUCGCUGGGCAACACUUAUACUUUGCUCAGAGACUAUGCAGCUGCUAUCGAGUAUCACUUGCGUCACUUGAUGAUAGCUCAGCAACUGAAAGACAGGGUUGGCGAGGGAAGAGCCUGCUGGUCGUUAGGCAACGCCUAUUCGGCCAUGGGCAAUCACGUUGAAGCUCUACGUUAUGCCAAAUCGCAUCUGCAGAUCUCAAAAGAGUUGGGCGACACCAUGGGCCAGGCUACUGCUCAGAUGAACGUCAUCGACCUCCAAAAAAUGCUGGGCAUCGAGAAAACCGGCGAUGACGAUAAGAAAAAUCUGCUAAAUGUCGUGACAGCCAACAUAUCCGCCUCGUCUCCUGGAAGAUACAGAAUCCGCAGGCAGAGCAUGGACAACCUGGAUCUGAUUAAAUUGACGCCAGACGGGAAAUCGAAACAGGAUCGAAACGAGGACCAGGCGCCACCUCCGCGUGCCCGGGGACAGUCCCAGCCAGCUGGGCGUAAGAACAAUCUGGACGACGACAACGACGACAGCUUCUUUGAGUUGCUGUCCCGCUUUCAGUCGCCGAGAAUGGACGACCAAAGAUGUGACUUGCGCUCUGGAACCAACCCUAAGUCAAAAAACAAUAACAAUAACAACGGCAGCAGGGAUCUGCUUAAACAGUCCAAAAAAGACAAAGACGAGGAAGAGCUUAUGCAGUUGAUAAUGGGCAUGCAGAGCAAGCGUAUGGACGAACAGCGAGUACCGCUACCGGAUUUGCCCGGUCUCACGUCCAGGCGCCAGAAGACAACGGAUAAUGCCGAGUCCGACAAUACGGAGCUUCAGAAGCAGCAGAUCGUCGACGAGGACUCGUUCCUCGAGAUGUUGGCUCGCUGCCAAAGCUCGAGGCUCGAGGAUCAGCGCAGUCCCCUGCCGGCUACCUGUCCCAAUGUAUUGAAAGACGUGGACGAGCAAGAGUCCCAGAAGAACGAUAAUGACGACGUUGGCUCGGCAGGUGCUACCGUCCCUGAAGAAGAUCUCUUUGCGCUGAUUCAGAGGUUGCAGUCUGGGCGCAUGGAAGAACAACGCGCUCUUCCUAUUAAGAUCUAAAACGCA